AUGGCAGGAAAACUUAAUUUGAUGUUGGUAUUGUUAGUGCUUAUGGCAGUAAUUGUUGCUUCCCAAGGGCCACCAAGGGGUGGACGUGGGCCACCAAGGGAUCAACCAGGACCACCAUGGGGUGCACCAGGACAAGGAAGAGGACGUGGACCUCCAGAAGGAUUUGGACCUGGUAGACCUGGUGGACCUGGUGGACCUAGUGGACCUGGUGGACCUAAUGGACCUAAUAGACCUCGUGGACCUGGUGGACCUGAAGGAGAUAAAGAUUGUGGACCACAACGUAGACCACUAGAAGGACCAGCAAGAUCAACAACUGAAGCCCCUUCAUCGUCAACAACAGAAGCUGCAACAAUAUCAACAACAGAAGCUGUAAUAUCAUCAACAACAGAAGCUGUGACAUCAUCAACAACAGAAGCUGCACUUUUAUAA